CCUUGGGGUGAUCCUGGGGGUGGGAGGGGCAGGGCAGCUGGGGUUGCGCCACUUGCCAAGGCCCCAGUUCGUGACUCAGGCUCAACAGAUGCACAAGUUCCUUAGCCUGCAAACAAGCUGUUUUUGUAGCAUUUUUCUGCGCCUUCUUCUAAAAGCGCAUCCCAGCAUCAAUGUCGGGGCGGCUGGCCCUGCCCUCCCUGCUGCUGGCCGUGGUUGUGUCUUCUUUUUGCCCGGCCACGUCCAUGUCCGGAGAUGACAUGCGAAACCAGCUGUUGACAAGAGAGAAGAUGAUGCGGAUUGGGGGGCAGUUGGUGCUGACUCAGGAGGAGGAGCUGGCCAACCAGAGGCUCAAGGCCCUCAAGGAGGCUGAGAUGCAUAAGGCCUUGAGUAAGGGGAGCAUCCUGCCCAGCAUGCACUUCUUCCAAGCCAAGAACCUCAUUGAGAAAAGUGAGGUGUUUAACAUCCUGAAGAAGAUGCCUAAAGGGGCCGCCCUUCACGUCCACGACUUCAGCAUCACCAGCCCGGAUUGGUUGGUGAAAAAUGCCACGUACAGGCCCCACUGCUAUUUUUGCUUCACCCGGAGGGGGAUCCCGCAGUUCAGAUUUGCUCAUCCGACUCCCCCCACCCCGAAGCCGGCAGAAUGUCCCCAGUGGGUUUUGCUGGAGAAGUUUCGGAAGGGGCUGCAUAACGUCUCGGAGUUUGACAACAGCCUGCUGAGAAAUCUCACUCUGAUGACCGAGAACCCCUACGUGACUUACACAGACCAGGAUGCGAUCUGGGCCAAGUUCAAGACCAUCUUCUUCGUGAUGGGGGACCUGGUGAGGUAUGCACCGGUGUUCCGGGACUACCUGUCCCAGGGCCUGGAGGAGUUCUAUCAGGACAACGUGCUGUACCUGGAGAUCAGAGCGUCACUGUACCCGGUCAGCAGGAGAAAAUAUUUGUGGAGCUGGUUCCUGGGGCUUAGACCUUCUGGGAUGGUAAAGUUGGUGUAUGAACUGGACGGGACGGUCUACAGCCGAGAGUGGUUGGUGAGGACUUACGAAGAAGUGGCUCAUAAUUUUGCAAAAACGCAUCCUGGGUUUAUUGGAAUCAAACUCAUUUUUUCGGAUCACAGAACCAAAAACGAGUCUCUCAUCAAGAAAUCCAUCCAGACAGCCAUGGAUCUUCGUGCCAAGUUCCCUGGGAUAGUGGCGGGGUUUGACCUGGUGGGGCGCGAGGACACGGGCCACACCCUGUACGACUACAGGGAGGCUUUGAUGAUUCCAGCCUCGCGGGGCGUUCACCUGCCUUACUUCUUCCACGCGGGAGAGACUGAUUGGGAGGGAACUUCCGUAGACAGAAAUCUUCUGGAUGCCGUGAUACUGAACUCGACCCGGAUUGGCCAUGGAUUUGCUUUGAGCAAGCACCCGGCAGUCUUGGCUGAAGCCUGGAAGAAGAACAUCCCCAUCGAAGUCUGUCCCAUCUCCAACCAGCAGGUCCUGAGGCUGGUGUCUGACCUGAGAAACCACCCCGCCGCCGUCAUGAUGGCCGCCGGGUACCCCAUGGUGAUUAGCUCAGACGACCCCGCGGCCUUUGGGGCCAAAGGCCUGUCCUACGAUUUCUACGAGGCCUUCAUGGGCAUCGGCGGGAUGUCGGCCGACCUGAGGACGCUCAAGCAGCUGGCCAUCAACUCCAUCAGAUACAGUGCCCUGUCGGAGACCAAGAAGAAGUCUGCCAUGGAGACCUGGGCGGAGAGGUGGCAGAAGUUUGUAGCUGGGCUGGCCAGGGGCCCCAAGUGAGGGGACAGCUCCACCUCUGCCUCCCUCCUCCCAAUGGUCCAGAAUCCAGGGAAGUCACCUCCGUUUGUCCAUCAGGCCGCUGUGACUCUGGCCUGACUCACAUGAGCCCCUAACUCAUUUCCCUCUUCCCUUUGCCCUCUCCUGCUCAUUUUCCCCAGAGCAGUGACUGUUUAAAGUUAAAUUAAACCAGAGUACUCCACUGUGACAAUUCAGAGCACUUAGAACUCGCCCCCUACAAGCCCCUACUGGGCUCCCAGCAUCCUAUGAACAGGGGUCCCUCCCAUGUUGUCCCACCCCAGGCGCCCGAGCACACUGGCCUCUGGCCUUGGGCCCCUCCUGGCUCUCUCUGCCGGGAAUGCUCUUUCUCUCCACUUCCGUCUGCUGCCUCCUGUCACCCUCAGGCUUCGUUUCAGGUCCUUGUCUCAGAAAGACUUGUCCCUUGGGGCACCUUGCUCGCUCCCUCCUGACUUCACCCGAUGUGUCAUUAUGGAUUUAUUUCUGAGCGGCCUCCCUCCCCCAGACCUUCAGCUGCACAGGCACUCGUGGCCGGUUCAUGUCCACUGUGAGCCAGGAGCCUAGCCUGCCCCUUGCCUGGUUGGCCCUCAAUAAACAUCAUGUUGCAAGAA